AUGAACGAAACGGCCGCCCGGUUGAUGCCGCCGGUCAGCGGGAUCGACCUGAAUCGACCCUCCGGCUCCCCGAUAGACCAGAAACCUGCGAAUGCGUGGGCCAGCGGCGCUCAAAUGUUGAACCUCUCCCCUCCUGCCGGCGAUCAAGCCGCCAUGCUCGGCAUAAAUUCCGAACCGAUGCAGAGCAGCUCGGGGGCGAUGUCACGCGAAAAUGAAGAGAGUUGGGCCUCCGACCUCGACAAGAGUGGCGACGACAUCUCCGGGGACCCAGAAGGAGUGUGGUCGGCCGACAUCGAGCAGGCAUUCCAAGAAGCCCUCAACAUCUAUCCGCCAUGUGGGAGGAGGAAAAUUAUUUUGUCGGAUGAGGGGAAGAUGUAUGGCCGAAACGAGCUGAUCGCACGCUAUAUUAAAAUCCGAUGCGGGAAAUCGCGGACGCGGAAGCAGGUGAGCAGCCACAUCCAGGUGCUCGCCCGCAAGAAGAUGAGGGAGGGCAAAGGCAUGAAACAUGACCCCGGAUCACCACAAGGCCCCGCCUCCGCCCCUGUUCAUCUACCAACCUCCGCAUCGACGGCUUCAUCAACCUCGCCAAGGGACCCGAUCAAGCUUGGAGGCAGCCCCGUGGCUCCAAACGAUAAACCGAGCAAUCCAGCGUUGCCUACGCACCCCCUGAUGAUGCCGAAUCCGGUCACGCCCGAGCUGGACAAGGGCAUGCAUCUACAGCAGAUUACCAACCUUUUCCCCCACCCCUUCCCGUUCCUCCCCGGAAUGCCCUUCCCCAAUGGAGCAUUCCCAACGGCGGCCUUUGGUACGGACCUCUACAGCAGUCUGGCGAUGAUCAAGCCUGUCACGCCGCCCGAGGAGACCACACAGAAAGUCAGCUAUCUCGCGUCGAAGCGAUUGGCGCUGAAGGACUUCACCGCCUAUGUGGAGCACAACGGCCACCGGAAGGAGAUCCUCAGCAUCACCACGUCCGUCGAUGGCGAUUUGACGGACAUCCCCCUCGACUACCUGAAGGAGUACUUCCAGGCCGAGAUGCCGCGACUCCGAAAAGUCACCCCCGACGCCCUGUUCCUCGUCCGCGGAUGGGCAAACCUCGAUUUUGAUGUGGACAACUCCUCAGCCAUGUAUGCGGUAGAUGCUCACUACGCCAGUGCCGUCCACUAUCCAUCAUUACGGGUACGGACACUGGCGCUCUCCUUCGGGAAUGCCGUCGUCGAAAAGGAUGAGGAAAUCCCCGCCUCUCCCACCACCAACGCCUUCAACGGCCAGUACGAGUAUCGACUGGAGAAAUCGGAAUGGUGCCAAUGGCUGGUCCUGUUCCUCACCCAGCUGAAAGAUUUGGAGUCGAAGACCGAACAGGGCGAUGUCCUGAAUAACUUCAGUGUAUUGCAGGAAGUCCGCGGCAUCAAAGAAGACAAAUCCGAAGAAACCCUGCUCGUCUUCGGCCUGUUAAUCGACAUCGGCGCCAACUCGUCCACCUUCUUCAAGCUCACCCAAAAA